UGGAUAUUUGGCGCUAGCUCGGCUCUCUCUUUUCGGCCGUAAAGAGCUAAUGAAGUUGUUAAAACUCCCGCCGCUGCGCUUCGUCGGACUGUCAGCUGCAGGCUUUCCAGAAUGUCGUUCGCUCAGCCCGAACCGCCGCCCUUAUAGCAACGACGUCCCGUCUGGAGACAACCUCUUAUAUACGGCAGAGCAUUUCGCUUUAAGAGCGGCUCUGAAAAAGAUUAUUGACAAGCACAUCAAUCCAUUUGUGGACAAAUGGGAAGAAGAGGGACAGUUUACAGCACACCAAGUUUUAAAAAUUCUUGGGAAAGCUGGAUUUCUUGGAACGGACAAGCCAACUGAAUACGGUGGCCUAGGUUUGGAUUUCUCCUACAGCACUGCAGUGGCAGAAGAACUGGAAAGGGUUCGCUGUGGAGGUGUUCCCAUGGCUAUUGGAGUGCAAGCCAGUAUGGCUACACCAGCUCUUACGAGAUUUGGUUCAGAUGAACCGAAGAAAGAAUUUCUUGCCCCAACUAUAGCUGGAGAUAUUGUGGCUUGCAUAGGAGUGAGUGAAACAGGGGCAGGCUCAGAUGUUGCAAGUAUCAAGACAAAAGCUGUAAGAAAAGGCGAUGACUAUGUUAUAAAUGGUGGCAAAAUGUGGAUCACUUCUGGAUUUCAGGCAGACUGGAUAUGCCUCUUGGCAAACACAAAUGAUGGACCACCCCACAAAAAUAAAUCUCUUCUAUGUCUUCCAAUGAAGCUGCCUGGUGUUCACAUUGCUAAGAAAAUCGACAAGCUGGGUAUGAGAUCAUCUGACACAGCAGAAAUCUUCUUUGAGAAUGUCCGAAUUCUCAGCAAAUACCUCAUUGGGGAAGAAGGAAUGGGAUUUAUUUACCAGAUGUUACAAUUCCAAGAAGAGAGGAUGUGGGGAGUAGCCUCAUUGCUAGUGACUCUAGAAAACCUGAUAAAACGAACUAUUGAUUAUACUUCUCAACGGAAGGCAUUUGGCCAGCCAGUACUUCACAAUCAAACGGUGCAUUUUCAUCUGGCUGAACUAGCGACUGAAAUGGAACUCCUUCGUUCGUUGCUAUAUAGGGCAGUAGGUCUCUACAUACGUGGUAAUGAUGUGACAAAAUUUGCAGCCGUGGCCAAACUAAAGUUAGGUCGUCUGGGUUGAGAGGUUCCAGAUAGCUGUCUCCAGUUCUGGGGAGGAAAGGGGUUCACUAAUGAAGUGCUAAUGAGUAGAAUGUACAGAGAUUUAAGAGUGCUAUCAAUAGGAGGUGGUGCUGAUGAAAUUAUGCUGUCCAUUAUAUGCAAGCACAUGGACAUCUUGCCCAAAAAGAACCAAAAAGGAUGAGCCCUGGAAUUUACAGAACUAUAUGGCAAAAUUGUAGUUAGAAACUCAACUCCACAGUUUUUGAAACUACUUUCUUUCAUAUCAUUUUAUAUUAGUCUGGUCUCGGUAUCUCCAUUGUAGGGGAGGAAUUGUUUCUUCAACAUGUUGUGUUACCUGCCCAUGCAUUUCCUAUCUCUGUCUAGUCCACAGUCCAAAAAACAAGUCUGUAUCUGGUCAUUAUAAGAAUUAACUGAGUACUAUCCAGAAAUUGUGCCUGGUCCCAUACUAAAGUUCCCAAGUAAUUCUGAGAGAAUGUUUUUGCUAAAAACAUCACAAAAUAAAUUGCACUGCCCCCUCUCCAGAUUUUUUUUUUCAUUUUUCAUGGAAGUAACUGUAAAGUAAUAUCAAGUUUUGGGAAGAGGAUACAAUACAGUAUCAGUU